AUGGAUGUGGCUCCGCCUAUUGUCGUGGAGAUGCAGGCAAUGAAGGAGCAGAUGGAAGUUAUGAUGAACGCCCUCAAGAGACGAGUAUCCAGUGACCUUAACAACCUAGUCAACUGGAUUGACUCACCGUUCACUGCCUCCGUCAAUUGUUUCCCUCUACCGCAUAAAUUCUGCAUGCCACACAUAGAUAGUUACAACAGAGUCAAGGAUCGUUUAGAUCACCUAAAGACCUUCAAGACCUUGAUGCACCUUCAAGGAGUUGCAGACAAGAUCAUGUGUAGGGCCUUCCUUACAAUGUUGAAGGGUGCUGCGAGAAUUUGGUACAAGAAGUCAACUGCAUGCCUAAUGAACUUUAAACAGCGGGAGGACAAGACGCUGAGGUCCUACAUAACUUGUUUCAACAAGGAGGCCUUCUCAAUUAACGAGGUAGAUGACAAGAUACUCGUGGCAACAUUCAUUAAUGGGCUACGAAAGGGUAAGUUUCUGUUUUCUCUAUACAAGAACGAUCCAAAGACUAUGUCAGAAGUACUUUACAAGGUUACCAAGUAUAUGAACGCAGAAGACACAUUGUUGGCCCGCGAGGAUAAGCCUAGAAAAAGGGAAAGGCAGGAGGACACAAGACAGGAAAGAGGGCUCAAAGUGGCUAGGACCGAAGAACAACGGGAUGAUAGACGCUCCAAACCCCCCACUGGGAGAUUCACAAGCUUCACCCCGUUAACUGCCCCAAUAGAUCAAGUCUUGAUGCAGAUUAAAGACGAAGGAACCCUGACAUUCCCAGGCAAGUUGAAGGGAGAUCCUAGCAAGAGACCAAGGAAUAAGUACUGCCACUUUGAUCAAGACUACGGGCACGACAUAGCUGAGUGCUACGAUCUAAAACAGCAGAUAGAGGCCCUUAUAAGAUAG